UUAACAUUUUCGCGAGACCCGGUUUUUUGAGUUCGGCUCGGUUGAGUUUUUCGUAUUUUUGGUUUUGUUUGGUGCCCCACCAAGUGAUUCGAUCGCGGUUCGAUCGUGUGGUCGUUGAAGGAGCCUCCGCGCAUGUAGUCGUCGUUCUUGGGCGCAAUUUUUCGGUGCGUGCGCGGUUCCCUGUGUUGGUGUUUGCUCCCGCAACCCGGUCGCGCGUCUUCCAUCCCGCGUCAUUGAGCGCAGUCAAAGAAAAGCAACUCGUCGUCGUUGGCGGGAAAGGAGGAAGUACUGCGCGAGCGAGCGAAGGUGAUCCACUUGUACCCUAGGGCGGCCGGUCGGAGGGGAGUUAAUCGACGAAGCUCACUGCGGCUAAUCGUGCUCAUCAAACGAGCUGUACUUCUGAACAGAACACACAGAAAUUCCGAACAACCUGUGGCAGGUGUGAGAACUCGUCGCCGUAGUCACACAGUGGGAGAACAAUAGGUUUGAGGUGCAAUUAAACGCACGGGUUCGAGUGAUUUUUUUUUGAUUUACCAACACUAGAAAACGCGCGGAAUUACGGAGAUUGGAAUGUUUGUACUGUGAACUGAGUAUUGGUCGCUUUGCGUAGACAAUAGCAGACGACUGCUGUUUAAUAGCUGUACGCGGGUAGGACCACGCUAAACUGGGCAGCAGGUCAAAGCGAAUCGCGAGCAGGUCUAGCUCGCUACCGUUCUGCCAUGCCCGAGAGCACGCUCGGUCAACAAUAGUUCUGGACUAGUGUACUGUGAACUUCGACUGCGCUGGACCCAAAUCACGCGCGAAGAUCAGCCUGAUCCGUUCACGUUUCAACCGGGGAUCGUCGAAUUCGGCGCGUUGCGCUCUCAGUGAACAAGUAGAUCCGAGGCUAGUGACAACCAAAUCAGUGUGUGCAGUCCACAAUGACCUUUCUUGAGUCAUCCGCGGGCAGUUCAACAAGCCCAACGUAACCAGUGAGCCAAGCCGACGGGCUUGAAAGUAGCACUUUGGCGGGAAGAGAGCUGCGAAAAAGCAGGAAUUCCGCGAUUUCGUGCGAUUGUGCAAAAGUGUGAAGUUGCGACUGAAGAGCGCAGUGAAGAUCUGCGCAAUGUUUUGGCGUUGAGCGAGAAGAGCCAGGAAGCAAGAAGCCGCUUGCAGCGAACGAGCAAAAGUGAAAUUAAUUGAUUUUGUACCGUAUUAUUUGGGGUGCGGCAAACGGUUUCGCACAUUAAGACCCCUCCACCCCCUCACUCCGUCAACCAGUGUUUGAUUGUGAUAUUUUUUACUCACCGAAUGCCAGCUUUAUCAUUAACCAUCAACGUCAAUGAAUGUUGUUGUGGCCGAUUAGAGGCAGUGUGGCCAAUUACAACUCGAAAGCACCGCCGCCGAGUUAGAUAACAAAGUGCAUCGUGAUUUCUCGUGAAGCCCUCGCGAGAGUGACCUGAGAGGAGCCACUCGGUUUUAAGGAAGAAAAAAAGAAAGUGCGCGGGAGUCUGUGAAGUGUGAAAUAAAUUCGAAUGUUUUCUAGCGAGAUCAGAGCGUCGCCAGUUGGUGGCGUGUAAGUAACAGGCGUUGUGACGUCGUGUGCACCACUUUCGAAUCAGCCAGGGGGUCAAUCUCGCUGACUACGACACAUUGUAGAGGCGUGUAAGAGUGGUGUUGGUGGUGAGGCGCUGCAGUACGUAAGAGCGAGGUGUCCGCUGUGCAGUUACCCAGUGCGCCAAAAAAAGUCUGCCAAAGCUUGUCAGUUUGGACGUUCGAGCCAUUCAACCGUAUUGGGCAACCAGUCAACCAUUCCGACAAUCGGACCCAGCCCCAUAACAUCCGUACCAAUGGUGAGGUAGCGCACGGUGUGAAAGGUUUCCUGGUCCAGAACCUUCCCACAUACACCUCCCCCACGUGACUUGACCUACCGUUAGGGCACCGCAGUUCCCCGAUACGAGGUAUCCUUAUCCCAGCAUCCCCCGGAAGGAGAGUUCCCUCUGGUGCGGGUCACCAGGUGACACGGCUUAGGAGGGGGACCAUCGUUUUUUUGUGGUUGGCACAGAGUUCGAACGUUGAGGGGCGGCCACGCGCAGUGCCACCGAGGUUACACCCUCAAGAAGCGCCGAAGCUAUGUUAAACUGUACGGACCUUGCCUGCGUGCUGCACCAUCACCACUUUUACGCGCAUCUGCACCACCUGAAGCAUCACCUGCAGGAUGACCACGACCACCACGGGCAUGGACACCACGAGAGCCACGACCACCACGAUUCAGCUGGUGGAGACGGGAGUGACGUAGACUCGAACAACAUACAGGAUCUACUCAAUGAUACCGAUUCAGAACUUUCCUCCCUAUCGCAUGUUGAUGCUCCCAACGAUGUCCUGUAUAUGGUUUGUGGAGUUGUCAUUGCCAUGCUCCUCGUGGGCCUCAUCAUAGUUUUAGUAGCAGUCACAAUCAGCAAACUGAGAAAGCGCGAAGAGUCGUCCGUGAGUCCGGUGACGGCGACCAACGUGGAAGCGGCGACGCAACCGUCCCACUAUCACCAAAACAACAACAACAGUAGCAGUAACAAUCAUCACCACAACCACCAUAGUAGUAGUAACAACCACCAGCAGCAACACCACCAACAGCUGGAGAACGGAUACUCCGUUCCGACCCCGGUGGCCUUCCGACAGAGCCCGUCCAGUGUGUGGGUGUUUCCUCCGCUGCCACCGCAGCCUAACCUGUACAGCUACAACGCCAACAGUCAAGAUGCGUUAGUACACAACGACAAGACCGGCUUCAAGGGACUGAAGCGGCAGCUGUCCGGGCGCUUCAAGCGGCUGGUGUCGCGGAAAUCGCACGAGCCCGCCCCGGCGAUACCGCCCGAGCUGAAGCCCCAGCUGAAGACCAUCUACGUUUACUAAUAAUGAUAAUUUUACUUGCAAAACAAACACACAAACUACAAAUCCUAGCAAGAAGCGAGGUCAGCUCAGCAUGUGCGGGUGGUGCCUAAUUUCGCGCGUCGAAUCGUGUUUUUUCCUUUCUUCCUUUUCGUGUUUUUAGAGUUUAGAGGAAUUGACGCUUAUGAUUAGGGAACUUUCGGUCCGCAAGGAUUCAUAGUGAGAGCACAAGUUUUGUUUAUUUUGGCCGUGCCGAAGGGCAGUUUUAUUUAUUCCUAUUUUCCAAGAUUUCGUAUUUGACCGAGAGGAAGAGAGCAUUGAUAUUAAACUUUUUCGAAAAUUAAACUCCCGUCUCAUUUGUUUUGCAUCCCAUCCGGAACGAACGUAACCAGAAACACAAUAAUUAGAUAUUGAUCCGCCAUUCCAGUUCACGCUAUGACGUGUAAUCAAUGAAAGAGUACUGUUGGUAGUUUUCGAAGAAGUCUUUUUGUUCUGUUCAGUUAGGAUAGCCCAGAGGAAAUGAAGAGGAAAAAGAAAGUAAUUAUUAUUAUUAGUAAGCAUAGAAGAAGACUGACACAAAUACACACAUACACUCACACUUAAACACGCACACACUUGUUAGGCAUGUGGUUAGCCAAGUGGCAACACACACAGACACACACUCACACAGACAGGGUACUUCAAGGGAGGCGGAGAAGAGGGAAUUAAGUUAGGGAAUAGAUUCGCGUAUUUGUGCAGAUGCUGCUGCUGCUAGAUCAUUAAGUCGCAUUCUGCCACUCUGAAUCGAAGCGCUUUCAGAGACUUUGGCGACGAGUGCGUCUCACUUUCAUGUAUUUCUCAUCGUUCAGAAUCUGCUCGUUUUAUUCUGUUCGUGCAAACAGCCAAGUAUUUAGUCGUUGUAAAAGCAAUAAGACACACACACUAAAACAGUAAAACGGAAGCUUACAGCAGCGGAUAUAAAGAGCGAGUGAGUUAGCAUAAACCUUAGCUAAGUAGCACGCAGGACAAAUAUUUAUUUCUUAGCUCAACAAAAUGUCCCCUCCCAGCGAAUUGUGGUGGAUAGAUUUCGUUACAAACCGAGAGCUGCAUUCUAUGGUGGUUUAGAUAGAUAGAGCGUUCCGCUUAAAAAACGCACAAAACCCCACUGGGACCAAUCAGGCCAACUUAGAAGCAAAAAUACUAGCAAAAAAUGCAAACAAAAAAAAAACAAACCUUAAAUGAUAGUGUGGAAACAAAAUCGUGGAAGUAAGAGAGAAAGAGGAGAAAAAAAGUUCACUCACAUUGAGUGCCGCGCCAAGGAACAACAAAUAACCUUAAAAAUACAAAACAAAUCACACGUACAGAGCAGAGGAAAGUAACACAAAUUCGGGUACCUACAACGGGACUGCUGUGAAGCGCCGCAAGCGUAACGCAAACGCGGGAUAGCGAUUAGCUGCAGCAGAGGGCACAAUCGGCAGUCUAGAAAAGAAAAAAACAAAACAAAACAAAGUACGGUGGAUUUGUGUGAAUGAAUGCAUUGUAAGAAAACUGUAAUUUAAAUAAAUGCGAUAAUUUAAAAAAGA